GAGAAUGGCGAUAUUUUUGCACCACGAGGGAAUAUCACAUCGGCCGGAUGGGAUGAUCUGAUUGUACCGCAGGAAUCGGCUCCGAAUGGCAUCAAUAUGCCCUUGUCUCUGAAUAGUGGUAGUGCGCAAAUUGACAGUCGUGGUUUGAUGGCCGAUCUGUCGCAGAUGAGCUGGCAUCUGGACGACCGGGUACAUCCCGUGCAACUGCGAUAUGAACCAUCCAGUGCUACAACAAGUCAAGGGACUACUGCGAAAACGUCAAAACACGAUAAACAGCCGACUGCUCCUCCUCGUCCUCCUGCCGCCAGAAAGUUAUCUGGCGUAUCGCUUUUGAGCUAG